CAGCGUGCAGAUUAUGGCAUUAGAAAAGCGCAGUGUCGCCGUAGCUUUGCGUUCUACGUAAAAAUGUUACUUUGCCAAAUCGCGAACCCAAACUGCUUGACAUUCACAACUAGAACCCACUGAUUUCAUUUCUGCGUUUGUAUGUUCACCGCGGAGUUUUUGGUGCACUCUGACUUCCGUACUGCUAUACUUAAUAUUGCCUCAUGGUCGUUCACAAUCACAGCUGAAAACACGACGUAAGGCGGCUUUUCUAUCUUAACUAUCAGCAAUGGCAUCAACAAAGCUGCCUGAGCAGAAGGUGAUUCUCUGUGGAGAAUACGGCGUUGGGAAAAGUUCACUGUUUCGUAGGUUCACUACUAACACUUUUGUGGCUAGCAACGAUCGAAGCUCGACGCUUGGUCUAGACCAUUUUGACAAAGUCUAUAAGGUUGCAGGACGCGACCUCAAGCUGCAGCUCUGGGACACAGGGGGCAUGGAGCGUGUGGCAUCCGUCACGUCCAGCUACUACAAGUUUGCCGAGGCAGCCGUGUUGGUGUUUAGCCUGGACAAUCCUGACUCUUUCAACAUCUUGUCACAGCAUCUGCUAGACAUCGUAAGCUAUGCUGAGAAUGCAAAGAUAUUUCUCUGUGGAAACAAAGUUGACUUAGUAGGCCGCAUUUAUGUCUCGGAAGCAGAUAUAGAAGCCUUCUGUGAGCAGUGCCACAACCUCAUCAGUGGGGUUUACCGCACAUCAUGUAAAACUGGUCAAGGCAUCGAGGAGAUGUUCACAGACAUUGCGCGGCAGCUGGUUAUGUCUUGCAGAGUGAAAGAUUUGGAUGACGUGGCCAAAGACUCUUUCAAGGUCACCCAGCCAGAAGAAACACAGGAAUCAUGUAGUUGCUAGGCGUGAAGGAUCAGCACAAUGGAGAUAAAGAAAUGUGAAAUGACAGCUGUGGCUUGAGAGUAAAUCGAAGUCCACCAACCCUAUCUGCUUUCUGCUACAUAGGACAAUUACCAAUGUUCAAGUUUUCUUGUUUAACUUAAUGAAAAUGGUGCAUUUUUUCAUGCCUGUUAGCGAUCGUGGCUGUUUUUGUGUAGCUCGCAAAUGUGCUAUUUGCUGUGAACUGUAGGAGCAUUUGUUUUUACAUAAGGCAAUUUUUGGCCCUUGCACAAGCCAUAUUUUAGCAUGCUCGAAUCACUUUCAUCAUACUGUGAAUUAUGACCAUUGCUCUUUUGACAAGCUAUUCAAUGCUGGUACAUUUUCGUGUGAGCUGUCUUGUUUGGUCAUGCAUGGCUGUCAAAGGCCGUUUGUGUCAUUGUGGGUCAGUUUGCCAGUUCUUUUUCUGCAACUUUACAAACUUUUAAGCUCGCAGAAAUAGAUUGUACAUUUAUUUAAGAGUUUUAUAGUUACCAAGGUUGUGCAAACACUUUCAAAGCGUAUUGCUAGUUUACAGAGCAGCCUAAUAGGACUUAACAUGCAUCUAGACUAUGUGGCAUGUUGCACAGACACUUGGCUCAAAGUUUGUUUGGAACCAUUUCAUUCUGGCUUUUUGCCAGAUCAAUUAGUAGUGCAAGAAAGCUUGUAGUAAAAAUGUUGUUCAGCCAUCUGCUGAUUGUGCGCAUGUUUUUUGUGCACCGAGGCAGAGGGAACAAAGUGCCAAACAUUGUGUAUGUGGACAUUGUAGAGAAGCUUAUGUUUUUUUAGGUAGUGUCUAGAACUGUUUCUUUUUUUUUUCAUUGUCAGUGAAAUGCUGUACUAAUUGACAAAAUGUUACAAAACCAAUCGUCGUAUGCCUUUAUUACAGUUGUGCUAUGUACAUAUCAUGCAAUUUCGUAUCAGACAUUCAACAGACGCAUCUUGCAAAACAGGGAGCCUUCGUGGCACCAAGCACUGUACAUUUUAUUGUUGGGUAUCAUUUUCAGGUUUUGCUAAUAAAGUGCUUAUAACAGUAAA